AAUAAGAACACAAACGAAGUUGGCUUAGCCAGAGGCCUGUGCAAUGAAGAGCUCAAGAUAUCAAUGUGUGGAACUAAAUGAUGGACAUUUCAUUCCUGUGCUGGGCUUUGGUACUGCUAUACCUUCAGAGGUUCCCUAUAGUAAGGCUAAGGAGAUGACAGAAAUUGCUAUAGAUGCUGGCUUCCGCCAUUUUGAUUCAGCUCCUGUCUAUGGCACUGAAGCUCACGUAGGAGAGGCCAUCCGAACCAAGAUUGCAGAUGGCACUGUGAGGAGAGAAGACAUAUUUUACACCUCAAAGCUUUGGUGUACCUCCCAUCGCCCAGAGCUCGUGCGACCUUCCUUGGAAAGGUCACUAAAGGACCUUCGGUUGGACUAUGUGGACCUCUACAUCAUUCACUUCCCAGUGUCUGUCAAGCCAGAUGAGAAAAAUCUCCCCACAGAAGAACAUGGAAAAGUAAUAUUUGACACAGUGGAUCUCUGUGAGACCUGGGAAGCCAUGGAGAAGUGUAAGGAUGCAGGAUUAACCAAGUCCAUCGGGGUGUCCAACUUUAACCGCAGGCAGCUGGAGAUGAUCUUGAACAAGCCAGGGCUCAAGUACAAGCCUGUGUGCAACCAGGUAGAAUGUCACAUUUAUCUCAACCAGAGAAAACUUCUGGAUUUCUGCAAGUCCAAAGACAUCGUUCUGGUCGCUUACAGUGCUCUGGGAAGUCACCGAGAGAAACAUUGGGUGGACCCGAAUUCCCCUGUUCUCUUGGAUGAUCCAGUUCUUGCUUCCAUGGCAAAAAAAUACAAGCAAACUCCAGCCCUGAUUGCCCUUCGUUACCAGCUGCAGCGCGGGGUUGUGGUCCUGGCCAAGAGUCUCAAUGAGAAGCGAAUCAAGGAGAACAUUCAGGUUUUUGAAUUCCAGUUGACUUCAGAGGAUAUGAAAGUUCUCGAUGGGCUGGACAGGAAUCUCAGAUACUUAACUUUUACUAUAUUUUUUGGCCACCCUAACUUUCCAUUUUCUGAUGAAUAUUAACAUGUGAUGACUUACUCUGGAGGCCAUGCUAGAGGAGAGCAGUGGGACUUCUCAACUGCUGGUGCUUGGAUACAUCACCUCCGCUCUAUAGCAGCUCAAACUCUGCUGGAACUAUGCCAUGGCUCAGGAGGAAAAAUGCUAAAAAUUUGUCUCAUUAUGAAAAUAAAUAAAACACAGCUUCCUCAAUAUUUA